GUCGCGGAAAAGAUUAAUUGGAAGGUUUGAUUUCUAUCAAUACGUUCGUAACUAUUUUUUGUUCUGUGUAGAAAGCUCCUCGUUGAAAAAUUGUAUAAUUGAGGGGUAGUGGGGAGCUUCUGACUCCCAAUCUUUUUUUACUUUUUUUCCUUAAUCGGCUGGGGCUUUGAGUCUUGACUUCUUCUCUUCACUCUGGGGUUCAGAACAUCUCUCAGCGUCUCACGAUGUCUCAGCAAAAGUCUGCCAUCCUUUCCGUCUACGACAAGACCGGUCUCCUAGACCUGGCGAAGGGCCUCGCUAAGCACAAUGUCCGGCUCCUUGCCUCAGGUGGUACUGCGCGGAUGAUUCGGGAGGCUGGUUUCCCAGUUGAAGAUGUUUCAGCUAUCACCCACGCACCUGAGAUGCUCGGUGGUCGUGUGAAGACCCUCCAUCCCGCCGUCCAUGGUGGUAUCCUUGCCCGUGAUAUCGAAUCCGACGAGAAGGACCUUGCCGACCAGAACAUUGCCAAGGUCGACUUUGUCGUCUGCAACUUGUACCCAUUCAAGGAGACCGUCAACAAGGUCAACGUCACCAUCGAGGAGGCCGUUGAGGAAAUCGACAUUGGUGGAGUGACUCUACUCCGUGCUGCCGCUAAGAACCACUCUCGCGUUACUAUCCUCUCGGACCCCGAGGACUACCCCGAAUUCCUCAAGGAACUCGAAGCUGGUGAAAUCACAGAAAAGAGCCGGAGAUCAUACGCCCUUAAGGCUUUCGAACACACUGCGGACUAUGACUCUGCCAUCUCCGUUUUCUUCCGCAAGCAAUAUGCUGGCAACGGCGAACAGCACCUCUCUCUGCGUUACGGAACCAACCCUCACCAGAAGCCUGCGUCUGCCGCUAUGCCUCAAGGCAAGCUUCCUUUCAAGGCUCUCAACGGCUCCCCUGGAUAUGUCAACCUUCUUGAUGCUCUGAACGCCUGGGCUCUUGUGAAGGAACUUAAGCAGGCUCUUGGAUACCCUGCCGCUGCCAGCUUCAAGCACGUGUCACCUGCUGGUGCAGCUGUAGGAGUCCCUCUUAGUGACAAGGAGCGCAAGGUUUACAUGGUCGACGAUAUUGCUGGAAUCGAGUCCUCCGGUCUUGCCCAGGCUUAUGCCCGUGCCCGCGGUGCUGACCGCAUGUCCAGCUUUGGCGAUGUUCUCGCCCUCAGUGACGUUGUCGAUGUUACCACCGCCAAGAUCGUCUCUCGGGAGGUCUCCGAUGGUGUCAUUGCUCCUGGUUACGAGAAGGAAGCUCUUGAGAUCCUGUCCAAGAAGAAGGGCGGCAAGUACCUCGUGCUUCAGAUGGAUGACUCCUAUGUUCCUGCCGGAGAGGAGACCCGUACUGUCUACGGUAUUCAGCUGAACCAGCACCGCAACGAUGUUGUGAUCUCCCCCCAGAAGACCUUCAACACCAUCAUCACCCCCAAGGAUCUCAAGGCCCUCCCCGAUGCUGCCCUGCGGGAUCUCACCGUGGCAACGAUCGCCCUCAAGUACACUCAGUCCAACUCGGUCUGCUAUGCUCUUAACGGCCAGGUCGUUGGCCUCGGAGCCGGUCAACAGAGCCGUAUCCACUGUACCCGGCUGGCAGGUGACAAGACCGACAACUGGUGGAUGCGUUUCCACGACCGUGUAAUCGACAUUAAGUGGAAGGCCGGUACCAAGCGUGCUGACAAGAGCAACGCUAUUGACCUACUCACCUCCGGCCAGACCCCUCGUAACGACGUCGAGAAGGCCGAGUACGAGCGUGUCUUCGAGGAGGUUCCUAAGCCAUUCACACAGGAGGAGCGUGAAUCCUGGCUCGAGCAGUUGAGCGAGGUUGCCGUCUCUUCAGAUGCCUUCUUCCCCUUUAUCGACAACGUUUUCCGCGCUGCCCGCUCUGGUGUCAAGUACAUCGCUGCUCCUAGCGGCAGCCAGAACGACGGUCCUGUCUUUGAGACCGCGGAGAAGCUCGGCAUUACCUUUGUUGAGCAGGGGACUCGUCUCUUCCACCACUAAAUUUUCAGAGCAGCUUCGUAGUUUGCAGCAUCAAGGUAGUUUACUAAAAAAAGAAUACCCGCGGGUUUGAGUUACCACGUGACGUUUUGUAGAGCUUUUUUUUGUUCCAAUUGGUAUUAUAAUCAUGGUGGGCCUUAUUGAUUGCCAUGGUGAGCUUUUGUAUUUCGGCUACUUACUAUGUGGAUAGUGCGCAGUGAGGUUGGUGGUUGGAGUGUGUCGGGUGCCUCGAGCUUUAUAUAACUUGACUCUCCUGGUAUCCACUAUAUCCCAGUUCCAGACCUACAAAAUCAAAAUAAACACACUCAAUCUUCGUGA